AUGGUGCGUCAGCUCCACAACGGGAUGACGACAAGCCUAACUGAAAACUGGAUGGACUCCGAAGCAUCAGCAGUGACCAACGGAAUGAAGCAGAACUGCGUACCGGCUUCCCACCUCGUGUCCUCUGCCAUGCCGAUGGACGUCUACUGUAAUGACCGUCCUGGGAUCCGCAUCGCCUACAGGAAUUAUGGACACCUUCUCAUUAGCCGACGCAUGCAGGCCCCAAAGCUUGUGUCCACGGCCUGCUCUUUGUGGAUGACUGCACAUUGA